AUGGCUAAUAAUCAGGAACGCAACAGUAACUUCGAUCCCGCUGCAACCCCUCGGCUUCAAUACCCGACAUUCCCCCCCUUAAGUCGCUCGGUCGAAGAGUGGUUGUCUCAAUCACGACCGACCAUGUCGACCAACAACCCGCACCACGAACGCCCGUCUAGUGCCCUCAGCGAGAGCUGGGCCACCCUCAGCACUUCGGAUAUACACUCUGAAGAUGGCACUCGAUCGGAGCAGACGGAUAUGGCUUCUCUCAUUGACCAAAAUGGUCCUGAUGAUGUAGCCAGCCUCGAUGACCGAGAGAGCAGCGGUUACGACGAUGACGAUGUCAACAACUCUCAAAGUGAGGAAGAGGAUGCGGACAACGAGGAUGAAGAGAGUGUUAUAGAGGAUUCGCGAGAGCUUCCACUACCUCUAUUUGCUCGUGACCUGCCACCCGUGGAGGAUAGCAACCUCACAACCAAACCCUUCAUGUCGCACUCAUCUGACUCUAUCGAAUUCUCAGAGCCCGAAGAUUGGCCUGAGGUACAACGGGUUCAGCUCAAACACACAAUCGAUAUUCUAAAUGAUGAGGAGACUGCUGCUCUGAAGGAUCAGCUUCCUAUGAACCUUGACGACUGUCAGCUAGCCAUCACCGUGCAGCAGACCAUGACCAAGCAGGGACUGGACCUAGAUAAGCCUUUUCGUGUGCUCUAUAUGGGCAACCCUGAGUUCCGCAACAUCAUUCUCGACAAGAUCGGCGACGUGCUCGUGUCCAGCUCCACCCGCAGUCUGGGAAGCAGCUCAACUGAGUCUUCUAGAUAUCAUGUAGUUCCUACUUCUUUUGGAAUCGGGGCUACUCCGAAUUAUGCAGAGCUUCUCCCUAUUCAUGUGCAGCUAGUCGUCGAUGAAUGCAUCGGUGCCGUCUCGGAAUCCCACCGAACGCCUAGUGGCACCGAUAUUACGCUCAACUUUAAGAACCGUCCAUCUUGUUCGUCCGUCUGGACUGGAUCGGAGCAUCAGAUCCUCUCAGAUACCGAGUGGUCUAUUCCGGAUCUAUCUAUCUUCCUUGUUUCAGAUCGUGAUGGUGAAGCUAGCAUGCGUGCGAGGCACCUUGCUCAGAACUUCAUGAAAAUACACGGCAUUCCCGUAUUAAUCAUAUCGGAGGAACCUCUCUGGAGGAAGCCCGGCCAGCACCUCUUCCCCUUCGAUCAUCAGAGCCUACACCUCUGCCUGGAAUCUCGUCGUUCUCUCACCGGAGAGACUGUUGUUGUGGAACGCUAUCCGAUUGAUGUGAAGACUUUCGAGUCAAUAACCCCUAGUCAACUAAAUCGGCAUCUCGCAUCACUCUCAGAGUUGCGUCCUCGAAAGGUGUCUACGAGCUCUACUACGUCGCUACCACAAAAACCAGUCGAGCCAAAUCUGUUCUAUGAUGCUGAGAAGUAUCCUUCAUCGAGCAUUUUCUCCGCUUGUAACGGGCGUGCUCAUGAGCUUGCACCUUUCCUGCGCGUAUUAAUGCUAUCGAUUGUCCUCGCAACGUCGUUAUCCCUAGGAUAUAGUGCUCUCCGUGCCGUAGCUACCUUUAUCGUAUCAAUCAUUGGAGGAGCGGCCGUAUCUUCCUCGGCCGCAAGUGUCGUUCCAACCACGAUUACCACAACAACAACGAUAUUUCCGGCUGCCAACACAGCUGGACUGGCUUCACUCGCGUUAAAAUCCCGUUCUACUGAUUUGAGUGAGAGGUUCGAAACGCUAUCCGUUGGUCCUGUAAGCGACUUCUCUGAUAUCUCGAAACUGCUCAAGGAUCAACCCAGCCAGAAUGAUGCAAUCCAGUUUCAGGUUAUUGGAGAUUGUCAUGUUAUCAUCAAACAACCCGCCGCAGCAAAGAACCAUAGAUUUGAUAUCAGAGUGACACGGGGCAAUAUCUCGUUACCUUACGAACUAGCGAAGCUCUUUGAUGGCGUUUACACUCUUCGACUGAAUCGUGAGGAUGCAUAUGGACUUGUCAAUGUUACUGUAUCAUCGCGAUCCAAGCAACCACGAGAGGAGACUCUUGAGGUCGACUUUGGUACACCGUGGUUGAAGAUUGAGAACUGGAAACGAGCAGCACAAGCAGUAUCAUCACAAAUCAAAAAGGAUUUCGACAGUGCUCAGACGGGUCUCUCAGAUAUCUAUACUCGUCUGUCCACAGACGUUCAGUUGUGGGUGGAUGACGCGGUAAAGAAAUCACACAGUAUACGAAAGGAAGCAGAGUCUCUUCGUUACGACAGUGGACAGCUCAAGGCCAACCUGCACAAGAUCAUGGAACAGUCGAAGGAAUUAAGUGAUUUAGUCACGCGUGGCGCCUCGCGUCAGAUCGAUGCAGCUUCCGCGGCCUUGGAGAAGGUUCAUAAGCAUAGCGUCGCUAUGAACAAAGUAGCACACGACGUCUUUGACGAAACUUGUAACUUUCUGGGCACCCGACUGAAAGAUUUGGAGGGUCUUCAGACCCAGCUACAAGAAGCUAUUCCGACAGGUAUCUUGUCGCGAGCUCAAAAGUCUGCGAAGAAACUCACAGCAGAGAAGUUGUGGCCUCCACGUCGACCAUGA